AUGUCUGGUAUGCGGCAACGACGAGGCCAGGACGACGGCCAUGCUCACGUCAAGACGACUGCGCUCAACGGCCAUCACUCGGGCCUCAGUGGGGUAGAAAAGGACCAGGCCGACUGGGUCGAGCUCGAGCGGGAUGGCGAGCGUGUUCCAGAGCCGUCGCAUACCAACGGCAACGACACUGGGCCUCACAAACCAGCACCACAACCUGGGAUCAGCAGCACACACCGUCCAGCACAACCGCGCUUUGCCACCCUAACCCUGCCUCCCAGCUACGACCACCUCCCACUCACGACCCGCUUAUGGCUCCAAUCGCGCCUGUUGGGCGUUGAUGCGCAAGGAAAAUGCGAGUUUCGUGACCAGGGCCUCCGACGACCCAUGACGCUGGCCAACUUGCUCAUCGCACUCGACCUCUGGCGACUCAUCCUCCCGCGCAUUCCCCGGCUCACCAACAGCACUCUUGCGCUCAAGGCUGCCGUCCAUCUGUUCAGGAGUAUGGUGUCGGGUCUCGCGCCAAUGGGCAGACUGUGGGCCGCAAGCCAGCUCCUCGACCUCGUCGGCCGCUCGCUGCGUGGUGGUCCCGUUCCCUGGUCUGAAGCUUUGCAGACGGCUGGCGUCUCGGUGGCGGCGACGUCCGCGAAGCAUUUCUUGGACCUGUUCUUGACUAGCAAUUCACGCUCGUUGCGCUCCAUGAUGUCCUUCUCCGCCCAAGAAGCAUGUAUCAAGGCAUACCUGGUAGUCAACACGGCCAAGCUCAACUCGCCAAUGUGGGACGCGCUCCUCUUCGAGGCCGGCAAGUUUGUCGGCUGGGAGCCGGACAUGGCGCAGGACUGGCAGGAGGCCGUGUCGUCGCCGUUCGACAUGCUGGCAGGCGCUACAGAAGUCCUCGGGCGGAUCAUUGCCGUCACAGGCCAGAUGUGGCUGCUCGCCUCGGCCCUCGCUGCCGCCGACGGGCUGUGGUCGUGGACAAGCGUCAUCCUCCUCACUGUCGCCGUCAUCCCGGCCCUCAUGCCGUUCGUUCAAGAUUACGCUUCAAACAUGGUCGUCGAGGAUUUCCGCAAAGCGUUCCAGUACGAGCGUGCCGAAAAGGAGAUUCGCAAGAUUGCCAAGGAGGACCAGUACAAGAACGAGGCCAUCCUGUUUGGACUGGGCGAGUGGACCCAUGCCAAGUGGUACGCGGCCAAGACACAGGUCGUGCGGCGGACGACCAUACGAGAGUCAUUCAGCCACGCCGUGGACUUUGCAGCCAGCAUCACGCGUGAGACGUCCUCGAGCGCGGCGUAUGUGCUUCUCGCAACUGGCGUCAUCUCCUCGCGCAUCACACUGGGUACGCUACACCUGUACCAGUCGGCGUCGACGUCGUUGUCGACCUCGUUCUACUUUUUAUGGGGCGGCGUCAGGCGGUCGUUCCAGGCCGUGUUCGUGUGUGCCGCGUUCUGCGCAGUCAUCGAACCCCCACCCCGGCAAGGCGGCAUCGACUACGAGACCCGUCGGACGGGCGGUAUGCGCAUCCAGGCCCGCGGGCUGGCGUACACGUACCCGGGAAGCUCGGACCAGGUGCUCCACGACAUCAACAUCACUGUCGAGCCGGGCCAGACGCUCGCCAUCGUCGGGUUCAACGGCGGCGGUAAGACGACCCUCGUCAAGCUCUUCAUGGGCCUGUUCACUGAGUAUACCGGCUCGCUCACCAUCAACGGCGUCGAGAUUCGCGACUAUGACGACACGACACUGCACACCCGCACAGGCUGCCUGUUCCAGGACUAUGCGCGCUACCCUACUACCCUGGCCGAAAACGUCGGUGUGGGCGAUACAACGCGCAUGGGCGACAUGGCCGCCGUGCGCCGUGCCACCGAGCGCGGUGGUGCCGACGAAGUGGCUCGGCUCGUUGGUGAGCGCCAACUCAAGCCAGGCGGGGUCGGCAAGGACGAGGGCUGGGGCGUGGACGACGACGACGACGACGACAUGGCCAACCUCGCGGCGCAGAACAGCGACGCCUUUGUCGCCCUCUGCGGUUCGGGUCCGGCCUCGUCGUGGGCUGAGAGAAAGGGCAUCGGCCUGUCGGGCGGUCAGUGGCAGCGUAUCGCGCUCGCGCGUGCGUUUAUGCGCUCCGACCGCUCCGACCUGGUCGUGUUUGACGAGCCUAGUGCGUCGCUCGAUCCCCGCGCCGAGGCCGAGCUGUUUGACCGCAUCCACGCGCUGAGCGGUAAAGAGCUCGGUUCGCGGUCUAGGCGGUCUGAGACGAGUUCGGCGCCCAGCACGCCACAAACCGCUACGCCCGCACCGACCCCGACGUCCGGCGACGGCCCGACGACGGUGUACAUCUCCCACCGGUUCAGCACCGUCCGGCGCGCAGACGUGAUUGCCUUUGUGGAAGGCGGGACUAUCGUCGAGUGCGGCACACACGCGCAGCUCAUGGCGCGCCAGGGCCGGUAUCACGAGCUGUUCACACUGCAGCGCGACGGGUUUGAGGCGGACUAG